CCGGAUAGUGGAUUUUCCAACGCAGGCUGACGCAAUCAUUCGCAAGAGCGCCCCAACUGCGGGGCAUGGCGGUGAAUCAGGUACUCACGUUCAGAAUAUGAAACCUGCGGCCUGCCUGGCAUGCACUUUUUGGUUUUGCAGGAUACUGUUUUUGUGAAGGUUCAAGUGACUGUGCUCCCAAGAUGAGCAAAUGGACUACUCUUCGUCGUUGUUUUUGUACUCCUGGUGUAUGUGUAUGUAAGGAGAUUUCUUUACCCCCUCUUUUGAAAUCAAGGUUCGUCCCCGACUGGAGCUGCACAAGAUAGUAGUGCUAGUCUAGUACCCAGUCCGCAUAAGAAGAUGGAGAGAAUGCUUGCGCUUCCUGCGGUCCACCAAUUACCUCCGGGACGACCAGAUCCAGACAUGUCUCUUCAGGGUAGCUGUGGAAUUGCAAACUGGAAUUCCCUCAUAGCCAACAGGCACGUACUGCUUUGCUAGAGAAUCGUCGUGCUUUCUUGAAUAAAAUAAUACCAUGCAGCAUGAUCUUCAUGCUGAAAAAUGUAUCAUAGCUGCCUCUCUUUUUGAAGGGCUAAUUUCUAUUGCCAUGUGAUAUCCUCUGACGACAUACACUGCACAGGCUGAGACGCUUCAAGAGCCGGCUGCUGCGUCUCACCCGCGACGCGAGGUGGAACCUAAUCCCAAUCGAUACGCCAGUAUGGCAGGAGCGGAGACGACAAUGUCGAGUAGAUUCUUAGGGUCUGUGAGAGGCACGCCAGCAACGGCUGCGCCUCCGCAGAUGAUUCCCAAUUUGAUAGAUGACCAAAUUUCAAGGGCCAUGGCACGAGUGCGGAGUGGGCGAUUACCCGAAUCUUUCUUUGAGGCAUCGCGAGUGCGGGCAGAACGUGUACCGGAUGCAGAUUUUUUAGCCGCAAGGGAGCGUGCCAUCGGC